CAGCAAAUAUGCCAGGAAGCACAAGAGAGGUAUGAGCUAAGUCAUUCAGAUGCCCGAAGAACUGAAUUUAGAUCAAGAAAUCGCUACAAGGAUAUAAGCCCUUUUGAUCACAGUCGCAUAAGGUUAGAAUACAACAACAUCGAUUACAUCAAUGCAAGUCGAGUUGAUGUCCCUGAAGCCCAAAGAUCAUACAUAUUAACUCAAGGUCCACUAGCAAUAACUUUCAGUCACUUCUGGUUGAUGUGUUGGGAGAAGCAGUCUUCAUGCAUCGUCAUGCUCAACAAGCUGGUAGAAAAGAAACAGGUAAAAUGUCAUCCAUAUUUCCCUACCAAUGCAACGAAACCAAUGAUUUUGAAAGAUGUAGGCUUGAAAAUUACAUUGCUCUCGAGAGUUGGAGAUGAUGGUGAAUUACUGCCAGACAAUGAAGACCCUGACAGCGAUGCCAACUCCAAACAAUUUAGAAUUAUCAAACACUUUCAUUUCACCGCCUGGCCAGACUUUGGAAUCCCAGAAUCUCCAGAAAUUUUUCUGAAGUUCCUGUUUAGCAUUCGGGAUGAGGGCCUCUUGAAUGAUACAGCCAACCAUCCACCAAUCAUUCAUUGCAGUGCUGGCGUUGGAAGGUCUGGGGCAUUUUGUUUGGUGGAUGCUUGCUUGAGCAUUGUCAUUGUGAACGUAAAUUUGAGGAGCACCCUGUUGAACAUGAGGAGGUACCGCAUGGCUCUCAUCCAGGCACCUUCACAGUUGAAGUUUUCGUACCAAGCCACAGUAGACGGCCUUAAA